AUGGAAGAAUCCGUCUCGACUCAGAUUCAAGGAUUAUCAGAUUUAUGUGAACUACUUUCAUUAUCAACAGAAGAAACACUAGCAGUCUCAACAUUUCAUGUGGAUGUUUUUGUACCCAUUAUUGUCUCCUUGAUUCAUCUUCCAUCAUCCAUGGAUGUGCUUUUACUAGCUGCCCGAGCUUUAUCAACAAUUUUAGACUUAUUUCCAGCUACAGCUAUUCAAAGAGCAACGACAGAGCACGUGAUUCCAUUUUUAUGUGAAAAACUAUUGGAGAUUCAAUAUAUGGACGUGGCAGAACUUGCACUACAAAUUCUAGAGACAAUUGUAUGCAAGGCUGACGUGGCAUUUACGACUGCAAGCACAGUUGUGGUAAACGUACCGACAUUAUGUGCACAAUACCGGAUCGAAGUCAUUCAGGAGAAUGGUAUUGUUGCAUUACUUCAGUACAUUGACUUUUUUCCAUUGGAAAUUCAACGUCGAGCUGCUCGAAUUGUCUGUCAACUAUGUACAGAUUUUCCAUUAUCCAUGCAAGACAAAAUGCAACAAGGAUUGCCAUACAUUACAAAUUUGCUUCGGUCAUUCGACAAUGAGCUUUUACUGAGCAGCUAUGCAUGCUUGCAAAAACUGGGAGAGAGCGCAGUGUUUUUACAAAAUGAGGAGUUUGCUUCGAUGAUUGCAACAGAUGAAAUUUGUGGGCUACUACUAAAGAAACUGACGUCGUAUGCAAGCUUAGACGGCUCUGGUGGAAGCAGCGCGUUAUCUCAAUUGUCACCAGAGGGGUACACUAGUAUGCUGCGCUUUCUUUCAUGCUUACUGUCUUGUGUCUCAAGUGAUAUGAGCGCAGUAUCCGUUAUACCAAGUGUGUCCCAUUUGCGCUUUGUCAAGUUGCCUUCGAUUUUGACGGCAUUGCUAGCAAAGCAAGAAGUGAUAUCCGAGAAUCAGCUACUUUGUGAGACACUGAAGCUAGUGAUUGUUGUUCUGCCCAUUUCAGAAGAGCUUUCUUUGACGAAAGCAAUUCCACCGGCCAUGCUCAAAUUAGCGCACGAUAUUUUGUCGCUGAUUACCCGCGUCUACGAUGUAACUUCGCAAACUAAUCUGCGACACGACUGUCUUGAUGUCAUUUUUCGAAGCUGUUUAUUGAUGCAUACUAGCCGGCAGCCCCUUACGGUUCAAGAAUGCACUGAGUUAUCGCGGCUUGCCGCUUUUCUUGCACGAGUACUGCGUCCAAAGCGCGAUGACAUGACAGUAUCUUCGCCAGCUAAAGCAGACAAAGAUCUUGUACCCGUACAGCUUGCUUUGAAAAUUGUUGAGGUACCGCUGCAACAUCCAAGUGCACGAGAGGUGGCAAAGGACAUUUUCGAACGGCAUGGCGUUUCAACUAUCAUUCGCUUUUACGCAUCGGGCCUUGAAAACAAAUACAUACGUGGAAGUGUCAUGCAGGACAUUUGUGCCUUUUCAGUCCGACUUACUCGUGACUACUUGGGUGAUGAAAGCUUGAUUAUAAGCGAAAUGGCUAAGUUAAAGCGACUUGUGGAUAGGCUGCAAACGACGUUAGCAACUAGUAGUGCAAGUGAUAAUGAUCAGACUGCAUCGCUGGUCAAUGAACUGUUGCAGCUGGGGAAUUUUGUAGCGCAAGGAGACAACUUUCUAACUGCGCAUGAAAUUGCUUGCAGCGGGCUCGUGAAGGUGCUCAUCCAACUUUUAUCUGUGGACAAAGGCCGGCAAGCUUUUUCGCAGAUGCAAAAGGUGCAGAGCACUACAAGCGCUGGCCAAGAAUUCGUAUCAUCGCUGUUGCGAUGCUUACAAGAUGCGAUUUCUUCAGAGAAAGAGGCAUUUUCAAUUUCUAGCUCUGGAGGAUGCUAUGCGGGACUUUCAUCUGGUAGCAUUACGACCGAUUUGGAUCGACUAACUCAGCACAUCAAGGUGCAUGUGUUGAUUGAGGAAACAAAAUCAGCAACAGAGCCUGACAACGAAGAUCAAAGCAGUCAACAAGUAGACUGCUACGACCAAGAAGAAUCCGAAGGGCUUGCGACGAAAAAAACAUUGUCAAAUUGGAAAGAAAGCAAAUAUUACUCAAACAAGCGCACCGUGCAUGAAACUGUUGUGCUGGUGGAACCACUUGCAAGGAUCGAAACGAUGGAGGAUUAUAUUGCGGACAAACUGUUUGGUAGAGGCGGGGACGCCGGAGUGAGGCUUGAUGAAUUGGAAAGCAUAGGCGUUGAAAGUGAAGAAGGUGGAGAAAGUGAGAGCGGGGAAUUUGCAAACGAUGUCGUGAAGCACCGAAGAGUAAUAGCGGUGUACAAAGGACAAGUUUUGCCCGCGGACAUGAGUAUUUUGGAGGCGAUCGUAAAGUUCAGAGGUGUAGACGCUAACGGAAAUGGAAAGCUUGACGUGGACCUUUCUGCAUCUGUGUCUGGCGGAUUGUCGACACAUGGAUCUCCUUUUUGGAUAGCAUCAUCCCAUGAUAUCACGUUUCGAGUAGCCACUUCACUUGAGUCGGGUGAGGACGUAAUUAUUUUGGAACCUGCUGCUGAAGACGGUAAGAUCGCCGAGGCAUUUUCUUGCUUGCCAGCUUCAACACAGUUUGUCAUAACUGAGCCGUGGUGGGAUGAUGUAUGGGAACUGUUGUUGCUAUUUAAACUUGUUCGAAAACAGUGUAUUGGAAAACCGUUUGGAACAAAGCUCAAUUUUGUCAACAGCUAUCUUAGUCUCCAAGUGCGCCAUGCCCUGCAGCACCCUGUUCGUGUGGUUACGAAUUCUCUUCCGGAUUGGUGUUUUCGUCUUGUGAAUGAAUUUUCAUUUGUGCUUGAGUUCGAAACUCGUUGUCAUUUCAUGUACGCAACAACGUGUGGUUGCUCAAGAGCAAUUCAGUAUUUGUGUCGGUCGGUGUGGAGGAAGGCUGUGAUGGAAGAGCAAAGUCCAGUCCGACAUGUGCGACUAAGCAAUACUAGCGGCCGUCGUCGUCAUCGUGACGGUUCUAGUCGCACUCGGACCUCCGGUCUCGACAAUAUUUCGCAAAUGGUAAAACUCCCUCGACUGAAAGUACGAGUAGCGCGGUCGCGUCUUCUACAGUCAGCGAUGAAACUUGUAGCACUUUAUGGUGGAAAGAAAGCAGUGAUCGAGAUUGAGUUUCUUGGCGAAGUUGGUACUGGUUUGGGUCCAACGACGGAAUUCUACACUCUCGUAUGCCAGCAGAUACAAUCAAAGCAGUUGCAACUUUGGCGAGAUGAUGAUCGAAAUGUGGUUAAAGUUAGUAAAAGCGCAGAUGAAGAGCAAAAGCGAGAACCUCUUGGCGAUGAUGUAAACUGUCUCGAGACAGACCAGGAUAAUGGCUCUCUUGCGAUCCGUGGAUACCAUCGCGUUGCAGUCUAUCACUGCUCCAAAUGCAAGGCUCUUCACAUUCCGACGUGUUCUGUGCACCGACAGUUGCUUACGCACGAAAAGAAAGCUGCCGACACGAAGAAUAGCAGCACAAGCGACGAUGACUCGAAUCAAACUAGCAGAAAAUCUUUGACGUCAGCGCGACGGCAGGCGUCGCGGAAUUCUAUUCCGCAGUGUGUGCAGUGUUUAGAUAACCACGACUGGCAUUCAGCCGCUGCUUGCUGCGACUGCAAACCAAAUCAUGAUGCAGUAAGCAAGUGUAAAGAAAGUGACAGCGUGACGAAUGUAAAGGCUGGCUACAGUCUAAAGUGGUGGAUUCUGAGUGAUGAAGAGGCACAAUAUCUUGCCAAAGUCUUUCCUCGACAUGCCAAGCGGAUCAAGCAUCCUGUGCUACAAUGUGCGCACUGUGACACGGUAAACUUUCCUGGCACGGAUGCCGGCAUUGUAGUCAUGGAUGGAGAUCGCAUGGUUUCACGGUCUGGCCGACGCAUGUUUGAGCGUGACUAUCGCGCUGUGACCAAACACGUAUCGCCUUUGUGUGAGGGCACUCCGUUGAAUGUCAUGAUAUCCGCGCUCACUCGAAGUGAAGUGGACAUGCUGGUAAACAACCUCGCGCAGAGCCCAGAAGUGCUGGAGUCGGAGGUGGAGGCGCUGUAUUAUCUUAGCGAGGCUGCUCUCGCCGGUUGCAAUAUUGGUAGCGGCCCAGCUGUGACAGCACCUACUGGUUUGUACCCGAAGCCUUACCUCAAGGACAAUGAUCUGGACGAGGGCAAAACAUCCGUUCAAUUACACGAGUCAAGUAGUAUCGCCACUUUGGAAGCAGACGCGUUGUCUGUUAAUAGGGACGAGGUGGAUGUGCUGACGUGGUUUCGGUUUUUGGGUCGUUUUGUAUGUCAAGCAAUACUAGACGAGCGGCUGUUGAAUUUGCCGUUUGCUCGUCCAUUCAUGCGAGCGUUGCGUGGGGAGAAGAUGGUGGGCAGUGGUGUGAGCGUGGAAAAGUCGCUUUCGUUUGUGGAAGAAUUGGAUCCUUCCAUCGCCAACUCGAUGCGUUACCUGCACAAUCUGGCGGUCAAGUACGCUGCUGAAGAAGCGUCCGGUGAGGUUGCGUCGAAAGAUGUGGCUGUGUGGACAAAGGAGGUGGAUUCUCUUUGCCUUUCGUUCACGAUGGUUGGCGCUGACGAUAUUCCUCUUGAAGCUGGUGGCGAUACCAAGCUCGUGACGUUGCCGACAUUGCACCGAUACGUGGCGCUGAAUCUCGAUUUUCUACUAGACCGAACAAUCAAGAGCCAAGUACAAGCGUUCCGACAAGGUUUUGAGCAAAUUUGCGGCGGUCUUGGAAACCAUCAGCUCUUUAGUUUCUUACAGGCUUUUGACAUACGUGAGCUAGAAGCGUUGCUAAGCGAUCGUGGCUCGGGUAGCUCCAUGUGGGAUCGUGACGGUGUCGAUUUGCGCGAACACAUGGUGUGUGACCACGGCUACACGGCAGACAGUCGUGCGAUUGCCAACCUUGUGUCGAUCCUUUGUGAGCUGUCGAUAGACGAACAGCGGCUUUUCGUGCGCUUCGUCACAGGUGCCAAUCGUUUGCCAUUGGGUGGACUGCGCAACCUUGAACCCAAGCUCACGGUUGUUCGUAAGCUUACGGAAGUGAACGAUGGCAACAACACUGAGGAGAAUGAUGCUGUAUUACCAUCGGCUUCAACGUGCACGAACUAUCUAAAGCUCCCCGAUUAUUCGACACGUGAGAUUAUGAAGGAACGAUUGUUGUACUGUAUCCAUGAAGGUCAGUGCAGUUUCCACCUUUCGUAA